AUGGGGAGUAAUGUGUCUUCUUCUCUGUUGAGAACGUCAUUUUCUUCUUAUGACAUAAGGGGUUACUUUGUGGUCUACACCGUGGACAAAACUCGUUAUGUGUUGCCUCUAAAGUAUCUGAAAAGUGACGUGAUCGUGAAGAUACUAAGAAUGUCUGAAGAAGAGUUUGGAUUCUCAAGCGACAAACCAAUCGUACUGCCGUUUGACAAUUCUGUUAUGGAUCGGAUAAUUUCAUUGUUGUUGUACUCACAGCAAAGUGCAGAUGAAGUGCUUGAGAAAGUACCGGUAAACUCUAUGGCUUCGGCCAAGGGUUGCUCAUCGCUAAAUCAGAGUUCUUUCAUCCCGCAUCAUCACUCUUGCCAAAGCUUAUUUGUUCAAUAA